ACUGUGUUCGCUGGCAGGUCCAAGAUCAGCUUAAAAAGUUGAUAUUGCGAGCCACUCGGUCAAUGAGAAUCUUUGUUAAAGGUAUACUGAUCCAAGAUCAGGAAUUUGAAUGCGUUUUUACUUUAAUGAUUCACGUUGUGUAAAAUUCUGCCACCACUUCCGCAUUGAGAUCUUGACAAACUAGCUCAACAUCAUGGCAGUGGGCCUAGUAUCGUAUCAGACUUUGAGUUGUCGACUGUUAAACCGUAUGAUUUCGCACCAAAGCGUGAGCACAAUCUGCAGCUUUACACGCGCUUUAUCGAGAAAGACUGUCUCUCCGUACACAGAUCUCUCACCACGGACAGUCCACGGGCUGGUACAUCUAUGCGGGAGUUGGACGUGCCGGACAUCACAGUGGUUGUCUUUUUACGACUCAAGAUCAUUCUCGUCUUUACCUCCACCGCCCCCUUCUGGUGAUAAAACCAAAAAGACAGGGCCAGUGACUUGGAAAUCAUUAGCAAUAACAUUUGCAUUCGGGGGUGUUCUCCUUGCCGGAAUGAAAUAUUUCAAGAAGGAAAAAGAAGAAUUGAUUGAAAGAGAAAGGACAAAGUCAAUGGGGAAACCAGCACUUGGGGGUCCAUUCUCUCUUGUGGAUCAGAAUAAUAAGCCCUGUAAAAGUGAGGAUUUCCUCAGCCAGUGGGUCCUUAUCUACUUUGGGUUUACACACUGCCCUGACAUCUGUCCUGAUGAAAUCGAGAAAAUGAUUGAGGUGGUGGAUGAAAUAGACAGGAUACAGUCUCUUCCAAACCUGACCCCCAUCCUCAUCACCAUUGAUCCUGACAGGGACACACCUGAGGCCAUGGGGACAUAUGUGAAAGAGUUCUCCCCUAAGCUCAUUGGCCUGACUGGGACAAUGGCCCAAAUUGACCAAGUCUCUCGAGCCUACAGAGUCUACUACAGCCAGGGACCAAAGGAUGAAGACAACGACUACAUUGUCGAUCACACAAUCAUCAUGUACCUGGUUGGUCCGGACGGAGAGUUCAAAGAGUAUUUUGGACAGAACAAGAGGAGCGCUGAGAUCUCCUCUUCCAUUGCAUCACACAUGAGGAAGUACAAGAAGGGAAAUUAAGAGGUGAGAUGAAGGAGAACUGAUCAAGUGCACUGUCUGUGUCUGGGAACACCUCUUGUGUGCCUCUCACAGCCUUCAGAGACCGCGAGCAGCCUCUGACCCAGCAGCCUCUGGCCCAGCAGCCUCUGGCCCAGCAGG